AUGGUGGCACCUCAAAGGACACUCCCAGGUGCAUCCACACCUCCAGAGACCUUUUCAGGGACGUUAGUGCCCCCAGAGACCUUCCUAGGGGUCCCAGGGGACCCUAUGGCAUGCCUGGCGAUCCCAGGGUCUAUCUCAGGGGUGGUGUACAUAUCAGGAACCCUCCCAGGUGCCGCGACGCCCCCACGGUGCCACCCAGUGGUGACGGUGCCCCCAAGGGCACCUCGCAACAUCAGUGGCAUCCUCAGGUGCAUUCAUAGGAGCGACGGCUCCCCAGGGACCCUGACUGGAGCAGCGGAGCCUGCAGGGACCUACCCAGGGGCAGCGCAGCCCCCAGGGACAAUCCUAGAAGCCGUUCAAGGGGCAGUGAUGUACUGGAAACCCUCCCAGGUGGCAGCAGAGCCUCCGGGGACCAUCCCAGAGAUCGUCCCAGACGCGGUGGAACCUCAAAGGACACUCCCAGGGGCAUCCACACCCCUAGAGACCCUUCUAGGGACGGUUCCCCCCAAUGGUGACUGUGCCCCCAGGGAGCCUCGCAACAACAGCGGUAUCCUCAGGUGCAUUCUCAGGAACAACGGCGCCCCAGGGACCCUGACUGGAGCAGUGGAGCCUGUAGGGACCUUCCCAGGGGCAGCACAGUCCCCAGGGACCAUCCCAGAAACCGUUCCAGGAGCAGUGGAGCGACGGCUCCGCAGGGACCCUGACUGGAGCAGUGGAGCCUGUAGGGACCUUCCCAGGGGCAGGACAGUCCCCAGGGACCAUCCCAGAAACCGUUCCUGGAGCAGUGGUGCACUGGAAGCUCUCCCAGGUUCGGUGGCGCCCCCAGGGACCCUCCCAAGGGCGGUGGUGCACCUAGAGUCACUCCCAUUGGAAGAGGAGUGCCAAGGGACCAUUGCAGGGGCAGCAGAGCCUCCAGGGACCAUCCCGGAGAUGGCGGCACCUCAAAGGACACUCCCAGGUGCAUCCACACCUCCAGAGACCUUUUCAGGGACGUUAGUGCCCCCAGAGACCUUCCUAGGGGUCCCAGGGGACCCUAUGGUUGAGCUUCCAUGGCGCGGCUCGGUGACGGUGCCCCCAAGGGCACCUCGCAACAUCAGUGGCAUCCUCAGGUGCAUUCUUAGGAGCGACGGCUCCCCAGGGACCCUGACUGGAGCAGCGGAGCCUGCAGGGACCUACCCAGGGGCAGCGCAGCCUCCAGCGACCAUCCCAGAAACCGUUCCAGGGGCAGUGGUGCACUGGAAACCCUCCCAGGUGGCAGCAGAGCCUCCAGGGACCAUCCCAGAGACCCUCCCAGAGAUGGUGGCACCUCAAAGCUCACUCCCAGGGGCAUCCACACCCCGAGAGACCUUUCCAGGGACGUUAUUGGUCCCAGAGACCUUCCUAGAGGUCUCAGGGGGCUCUAUGGCAUUACUGAACCCUCCCAGGUGCCGCGACGCCCCUAGGGUGCCCCCCAGUGGUGACGGUACCCCCAGGGGCCCUUGCAACAUCAGUGGCAUCCUCAGGUGCAUCCUCAAGAGCGACGGUACCCCAGGGACCCUGACUGGAGCAGCGAUUGGUGGCCCAGGCGCAGCCCCAGAGACCAGACCUCUAGGGCCGGGUGGUCAUCGAGAACCUCCCCAGGGUUUGCAGGCGGCCCUGUGA